AUGGGCCGCAACAAAAAUAAAGCGAAGAACCCCCAGGCCCGUCCCACCCCACAAGCCAACCCCGUCGAAGGUGCCGGCGGCGGCAACCCGCCUGCUGGCACCGAUGCCAGCAAUGCCACCCCGGCAGCCGACCCCGUCGAAGGUACCGGCGACGGCGGCAACCCACCUGCUGGCACCAAUAGCCCCAACCCUCCCCCCGGUGGCCCUACGGGCGAAGACUUUCAGCGCGCGUUACGGGCGGUAUGCGUCCUGGCGGAGGGCAUGGUCUUUAUCCGCUAUGAGGUCACGAUCGUUUCAUCCACCGUCGCUGCCAACAACAACCUGCUCAGGCGCCUCCUCCCGUCGGUGACGACACCCCCCGUCCCCGAAUACCCGUCUGUCCCAGCCGCUGCCGCUGCCGCUGCGCCCCCGCAGCCCACGGAGCCCGCGCCAGAGGCCGACUUCGUCAACAUCAGCAACCCGCUCAACUUCACGGUGGAAGUGGUGGGAAGGAUGGAGGCGGUCAUCACGGUGCGCAAGGCCCAUGGAUCGCCACCAGCUCCUUGA